AUGUUCGAACACCCGCUUCGUGGAGCACUUGAGGAUGCCGGCAUAUCGGUCGGCACCAUCGCGGGCGCCUUCCUCAUAUUACUUUGCCUCUGGCCCAUUGUUGCUCGCUAUAGGAAUCGACGCCGGAAGCAACAUGUCGGCCCCGAAGUCGGCCCUGGCGAGCUUCCCUUUGGCGUUAGCACGCCGCCUAUGGCCCAGCUCUCAUCCGCGCCCAUCGAUCGACGCAUGUCUACCGACUCAUAUGUGCAUCGCGUGGACAGCAGGCUUGGGGACCGUCAGUCGGCCAAGGACCUCACAUUAGGCUCGUCCGAUGGCACCGAUGCCUCGACAACUAGGGCUCCGAUGGCGCCUCCGGCUCCCCAUCUGCGCCGCAUUCGGACUCGACACCUCGCCGACUGGGAAUUUCCAAAUGUCACACCCAUCGCCCUCACGCUCCCCACGCGGAUGAGCACCAGCACGCUCCUAGAAUCUUUGUUUCGGCGCGUCACAGGCUCUCGUGGCAGCAGUAGCUCUCCAUCGACUGUGGUUGGCCCGAUCUCGAGCCACCCUGAUGCAACGAUCGCGGCCCCCAACAUUUCAGAGUCACCCACCGAGCUUGAGCCGGAACAAAACGAGCUGUCCCGCUCUGCCGAGGAGCAGGCAGCUCGCGCGCGCCCCCGGCCAAGCUCCCCGGGAACCGUUAAUCCCAUGCUUGUCAUGGGAGCCAUGACGGCUGCUGAGCAGUCUUGGCGGACAAACGCGGAGCUGAUGAACAUGACAACAACAACUGCCGAGAAGCCUCCUGUGGGGUUGGGAUCGCCCGCGCACAUUGAAGAGGGCUGGCCCACGAAAGCAGGCGAUGCCCUUGGCAUCAGCAUGGCGUCGCCGCCCGAGUCGACACACGAGCCUGCCCCGUCUACGCCCAGCGAAGACGAUGUUAUAAACUACGCUGGGGGAUCCCUGACCCGGCCGAAACCCAAUUUAUACCAGCCCCUCUCCGAGGCCACUCGCAACUCCCGAAAUCAAGCAAGGGACAUCGCCUAA